AUGCGCUCACCAAUAUACCUCCUCCCAGCAGCGUUCGCCUGCGUCGCAGCGAUAGAUGGCUCUUCAAAAUCCGCUGAUGUCCCUUCAUCAACCUCGAACACUUCUCUUCCCUCGAUUCGUCUUACCACAGGCUCGAGCGAACCAACCUCAACAUCCUUAAUAUAUUCCAACACCACCACAUCAUCAUCUUCCACAGUCGCCCCUUCAUAUGUCACGUCAGUUGUGGUGGUUGGAGGAACGACAACCAGCGUCGUCGUGGUCGGUGGAGAUACCACUUCAUUUGGGCCAGCUGUAACCCCGACGGGAUCGCUUCAGCCUGGUAGCGGAGGGGAGCGAUCUGUGGCAGGAGUUGGAUUUGGGGCAUGGUUCGCUGUAGCAUUGGCGGUUGUCUUCGCAUGA